AUACACCUAGCUCUCUCCUAAAUUCUAUCCCUCAGAUCUUGUUCUAUACUCAAUACUCAGACCCGUCGGCGGCCACCAAUCUGUCCGUCGCCCACCGCCGGCCUCCCAUCUCUCUCGUUAAGUAGGCCCGCUCGAUUUAUUCUCUCUUCAGGCACGCAAUCAUAGCACAUACGAGGUGACAACAUCGACAAUAAUCAGUGAAUUUUGUGUCCUCGCCCCUAUUUUUUCACCCCGAGUCCUCCAAUCCCUAAAAUUGCUGUUGGGUUUUGUGUAUGAGCCACCGCUUGCCUUUUCUGGUUAUAUCUCAGAUUUGUGGUCAAUAUGUCCAGAAAAUAAUUUGAUGGUUGGAGUUCACACUAAAGAAUAGCCAUGGGUGAAGAGUUACAUCUGAAUCCUAUUCCUCUGGAGAGUCGACCUGGCAUCCUUUUCGUCGGAUCCUCAAAUGUUGGCAAGCGCUCCCUCCUCUCUAGAUUACUUUCUGUGGACUUUGAAGAUGCUUUCGAUUCAUCCUCUCAGGUUUUGAUUCAUGGUUGGACUAUCAAUACGCAGUAUUACACAGCUGAUGUCUCUGUAUCAGUGGCUCAUUUGGAUGAGCAAUUUUCCAUCGAGGCUUUGCCUACGUUCAAUCAGUUGGCUGCCUUGGUCAUGGUCUUUGAUACGAGUGAUCUUCCAUCUCUUGUGGCUCUUCAGGAUUGGGUUGCUCAUGUUGAUCUACAAAAAUUUGAUGUUUUAUUAUGCAUAGGAAACAAAGUAGAUCUUGUCCCAGGUCAUCCAGUUCAUAUUGAGUACAAAAAACAGCUGCAGAAGCAGAGACUUAAAGAAUCUUUUAUAGAUGAUCAUUCAGAUAUAGCCGAAUAUGGAAUAUCUGAAAUUGAAGGGAGUAGUUUAUUAGGAGAUGAAGAACCCUCGUGGGAAAUUAGGAGGUCAUGUUUGGAGUGGUGCACUGAACGCAAUAUUGAGUUCAUUGAGGCUUGUGCGUCUAAUUCAGAUUUUGACAAAUGUUUAUCAAUUGAUGGUGAUGUACAAGGAGUUGAACGGCUCUAUGGUGCUCUUUCCGCUCAUUUGUGGCCUGGAAUGCUUCUAAAAUCUGGAGAUAAGAUUACCAAGCCAUCAUUACCCAAAGAAGAAGAAUUGUCAGAAGAGGAAUCUGAUUUUGAAAUUGACUACGAAAUACUAUCUGGGGGUUCAGCUGAGCUGUGGGAUGACGCAGAUUAUAAGAGUUGCUCUGCAGAUGGAGAAGGAUCAUCCAUAGAUGGUGGAGCUCGUCCAAAGUACAUCGAUAUUGCCGAGCAGGAUCGAGCAAGUCAAAAUGUCUGCAAACAGCCAGAGGCUGAAGGAAACCGAGUGGCAGUUGAUGAAGAAGUUGAUCAAGUGACAGAUCCAUACGAGAAAAAAAAUCUUGAUCUUGAGGAUUUAGAGCGGUUGAUGUCUGAGAUAGGGAACAUGCGCGACAGUUUGAGGCUGAUGCCUGAUUUCCAAAGGAGAGAAAUGGCUGCAAAAUUGGCCCUGAAAAUGGCUGCCAUGUUUGGGGGCAGUAGUGAUGAUGAAGAGGAAACUAGAUGACAAGAAAAAAUUUGGUAUAUUAAUUAAAUUUGCUGUCAUGGUCAUGGGACUAUUACAGAAGAGUUGAUAUGUAUAAACCGGGCCAUUUUCCGCUCCAAACUUCCAUAUAUUAUUAUUAUUAUUUGGGGAUAAUUAUGAUUCAUGGUUUGUGGAUUAAGAAGUGAAUUUAUGUUUGG